AUGCCCCAACCAGCCCAGAAAAUGGACACCACACAGGAUCAAGGAGGGGACUCCGUGGCACAUUCCACAGCUUCAAAGCGGAAAGCAGCAGAAGCCAGCAGCACCAUUCAUUUCACGUCGCGCAACCCACCAUGGACCUACCUCAAGCUACAACUUAUUCCCCAACCCGGUUCUCCAGCUCUACAACCUCUUGACGACCUCUCCGCCCGCACCUACCUAUCCUCUGCCCUGUCCCAGUUCCUCGGUCUCACGGGCACAUCUAUUCCCAUUGACGUCCUGAAAGUCGAGCCUGCGUCGUCUACUGAAGCGCAAAAGUACGGCGUUGCCUGGGUUCGUGUUCCACGCGACGAUGGAGCGGCUGUUGUUGCGGCGUUGAGCUCUUGGGUUGGCGGCGGCGGAAACGGAAGUGCAAGUGUCGCGUGGAGGGUUUGCGCUAAGGGAAAUUACUUGGGCGCACUUGUUGCUGGAUCUGGACGGGACUUGUUCGUUCCUUAG